AUGUCAAACAUGGACAGUAUUGGCCAGGCAAAGCCUCAUGCUGAAGAAGCAGAGAUAGUGAAGCCAGGACCCUUGCAUCAGCUCCCACUCCCGGCUGAACUAGCGUCUUUGGAGAAUGAUGAACUCGAGAGCCUGGAGAAGGGCUUAGUGCGCAAAUUGGAUACCUGCUUACUUCCAGCUGUAGUUAUUCUUUUCUUGAUGAAUAUUCUCGACCGAAACAACAUUGCAAAUGCAAAGGUCGCCGGCUUACCAAAGACGUUGGGAAUAACAAAUACCCAGUACAACACUUGCUUAAUGAUUUUCUAUGUUGGCUAUAUUAUCACUCAGCUUCCGUCCAAUCUGAUCAUUACGAAAGUCAAACCCUCAGUCUAUAUUGGUGUUGUGACAUCGGCAUGGGGUGUGGUCUCCAUGUGCCAGGCCUUCACGCACAAUUUCGCCGGGCUGUUCAUUUCUCGCUUUAUACUGGGUCUCGUUGAGGGACCAUUCUUGCCUGGGGUAUUCUUCCUGAUGUCUUGCUGGUACAAGAGAUCCGAAUUGCCUCCCCGUAUCGCGCUUUUGUAUGGUGCGAAUAUGCUGGCUAGUGCAUUUGGCGGGUUGAUCGCGGCAGGCAUUGUCGCACGAAUGGAAGGAAAGAUGGGCAGACCAGCCUGGGAAUGGCUAUUCAUUAUUGAAGGGUCAAUGACUAUCUUGAUUGCGCUACUUGUGAUCCCAUUUAUCCCAGACUACCCUCUGUCUACGAAACGUUGGUGGAUUACACAUGAACAUCAAGUUCUUGCAGACUGGCGCUUGCGUAACGAGAAUGCGGGACUUAUUGAUGACGACCCCGACUCGAUUCUGUGGGGUGUCAGACAAGCACUCAUUGAUCCAAAGCUAUACAUGUUCAUUGUACUGCAAAUGGCUCUGAUCACGGCCCAAUCCUUCAACAACUUCUUCCCCUCGAUCGUUGGUACCCUAGGGUAUAAUGAUACGAUUACCCUAUUGCUUACGGCACCACCUUAUGCAUUUGCGUUCGUAUGCUCCCUGGCAGUCUCAUUUCAUGCCGCCAAAAAGCAAGAAAGAGGUUUACAUAUUGCCGUUCCACUGCUCUUUGCACUGAUAGGGAACAUACUGGCAAUGUUCGUACCAAGUACGGGUGGCAGAUACGUCACCAAGCGCGCCAGUGCCCUCGCUAUUGUCAACCUCAUGGGCGCCGGCGUUGCUCACUUCUAUACUUCAUACAUGUUUCCAGAUUCCCAGAAGCCUAGAUAUUAUGCUGGCGGCGGAGUGAUGAGCGGUGCUUGUUUAGUGUGCGCUGUGACGGCGCUGGGUAUCAAAUGGCACCUGAAGCGACAGAAUGCGGAGAUUGAAAGAGCUGAAUUGGAGGAGGGCGCGUUGCUUGACUAUGGAGCCAUCCUUAGCGUAGCCGUCGGGACCCUCAGGAGGCUCGAGGCUCAAAUCUUCUUCUUUAGCCUGUUCACCUCAUUUCCGGACUCUUUCCCUUCUUUCCCCCUCGACUCUGUUUUCAAAUUGUCCCAUUCUAGUGUCAAGGCUCUUUUGGUGGCUUUGAAUGUUAUAUCAUUCAUUCCACAGGUCCGUCGGAUGUAUCGGACCAAGAGCGCAGAAAACAUCUCUUUCAUCCUAGUAUCCUUCAACGUCUUCAGUGCAACGGAGCAGGCGAGUGUCUGCAAAUUCAUUUUCAUGAAGUUGGGGCAAGACGGACAUGCCCAGAAUUCAGCAGAAUGGAUGAACUUGUUUCAAGUGACGGCAGUCUGGAUGGUCUUAUCCUCAAUCCUUUGGCUUGUAACUUUGUACUACGAUGAUGGACCAUCCAAGAGCAAAAUACUGAAUGCCUUCGUCUUUCUACUGUGCCAAGUUCAAGGAAACCCUCUCCUGGAUGCUCUCCCUCAUCGUGGUACGGGCGACAUAUUGACAUCCCUUCCCCACAUCGUGUUAUUCCUCAACCCGACAGUCACCGGGUUGGCUUACCAUGCGUUCCUUCACGAACGCAUCCUGCCUGCUAAUGCGGACUCUUCAUCAAUUUUGAGUCUCGUGGGCCUUGCUGGGCAGUCUGUGAUGCAUCUCAUUCUGGCUCUCAAAUGGAUCACGGAGGCUCCCAUCCCGUGGGCUAGAGUCUUGUCUGGCUCUGUUCCUUUGCCUAGCUUGUGGUUCUUUUACAACUUCUUUGGCUGGGGCUUCGUGGAUAACCUUGUCCUUGCACUGAUAUUUGCGAACCUAUUUCGGAUUGCACGGAAGGAAAGAAAUAACACGCCUACUAUUGAUGAUCGGGAGAAGGGCCGAGGCGAACCUUUGCUUGGCCCAGCGUGA